GCACAAAACUGAUACUACAAUACUACAGCAACUUCUCACACACAGUAUAUAGUCGCUUGCACACAGUAUGUAUCCCAUUCGCUGGCGGGAUUGGAUCGAUCGAACAACGAGCUGGUAGGUCGUCUGGCACAUUUGCUAGCACAGGCAGACGACAACACGGUCGAAGCCAUUUUUCGGAUGACUUUGGGACAUUUGGCGCCAAAACAGAUGUUACACGUGAAAGAUGGCGAACCAUAAGACCUCCAUGAUAUUCCAUUCUGAAGAUGGCACAAGCCAAGUGUGUUGACGAAGACUUCUCCACUGAUAACGAGCUCGCGAAAGCUCUCACAGAAAGUUUUGUCUCACGUAAGGACGAGAGUGGCGCCGUACAGAACAAGCGCUCCAUUGUCCUGGACGAGGACAACUUCGAGGACACGUUCCUGAGGUGCAUGGUGUGCAGGGACACGUUCACGAUCUCGGAGACGAAGACCCCGAAACUGCUCCCCUGUCACCACUCGUUCUGCGUCCCUUGCAUCCAGCAACUGUACAACACGGAGCAGGAGUACCGCCAGAAUCUGACCCCGGCAUUGCGUGGCAUGCCCACGGCGGUGAGCAUCCACUGCCCCAGCUGUAGAGGCAGCUUCGUCACCACCGAGGAGAAUCUCAAGCAGCUUCCCACGGACCACAGAGUCAUCCAGCUGCUGGACUUUCUGAAGCACACGCAGAGAUACACCGUCAACUUCUGUUCCAAACACGACCUGCAGCCGUUGCACUUCUUCUGCGAGCCGUGCAUCACCCCGGUGUGUCGGGACUGCACCAUCCUCGACCACAAGGAGAGCGAGGCUCAUCUUGUUAUGGACUUGGACGUGGCUCUGCAGAAAUACACGCCCGUGCUAGACAACGCCAUCAUGGAGUUGGACAAGGAGUCGUCUGCGCUUGAGGAGAAAGCCACCGUCCUGCAGACGGCCUCGGAGAACCUCGACAAGGCUCGCUCCGAGCUGCUGGCAAAGAUCGAAGAGACUUUCAGCCGUCUGAGGACGGUUCUGGACAAUCGCCAGAAGGAGCUGGAGGGCGUGGCGGAGUACGAGAUCAACAAGGAGAAGAGCAAGCUGGACGAGAAGCGAGAGCUGCUCAGCGACCGGAGGAAGACGCUAAUGUCCCAGGCCAAGACUCUGCAGAAGGCCAAGGAGGACAAACAGGUGGAGGAGAUGUUCAGCAUCCACCAGGAGGUGCGCGAGUACCGCGCCGGGCCACCGCUCAAGAUCAGGGAGGUGGACGACGGCGUCGUCACGACGUUCUCGUUCAACUCGCGCGACGAACCCAUACUCACUAGUCGCAUCUCCAACUUUGGCGACGUCGGCUCACAGGUCGAGUCCACGUAUCUACGGAACGGAACGAAGACGCGAUAUCCCGGAACAUACCGAUCUCUCAGCAAACGGUGAUAAAUGUUCUAGAAUUUAGUUUCUGUCGUUAAAGCACUGGCGUGAUGAACCGUUUGGCAUUUCCUUUCCUUUUUUUUUCUUUUUUAAAUGUUCAAGUGUCUGAAGUGGAAGACAAAAUUAGCUCCCUUUUCGAAAAGGAGUCUAAGAUAGAACACAAAACACAUUAUUCGUCAAGGACACCGGUCUAAAAUGGGACACAUGACUCCCUGUUUAUGAGGACAAAGGACUCCCUGGACACCGGUGUAGUGCCAGCCCGUUGGUGCUGUUGUGUUUUGUUUUUCGUCUUUCGUUUCGUCUAUAGCGAGUUUGCUUUCAUUGGAGCUACUAUUCAGAUGCAUAAGUGUUAUGAUGUUACAAUUCUAAAUCGUAUACAACUCCACUUAGGUUUCUACAACAAAUAUGGCUUCUUAUCCUGUGCAUAUUAUCACAUGUUUCGUGGAUAGUCGUGUCAUUCUUAAGAAAGCGAAUCUAAUCUUUGGGCGAGGUUAUUUGCAUUUUACUAUAACAUGUACAUUUUAUUUUUAAAGGUGCAUGCUUAUUCUACGGUUUUAUUUGUUUGGCAAGUGGCCAUAUACAUAUACAGCAAUUUCUUCUUAUAGAUGUUUAAUUUUCAUAUAAUUCAGUGAUGCAUUCAACAAUUGGUUGCUUGAGUAACCACGUCUCUAUCUCAUUUCCUUAAUGUAUUUGUGUGUGGAUUUUAGGUUUUUUGUCGUCGGUUUAUUUAUUUUAUUUUUUUUAUUAUUAUUAUUUUUUUUUUUUAAUGGUUUUGUUUUAAGAGUGAGUUUAACAUUUUUGUGAACGAAUUUUCAUCUUUUUCAUUCUCAAUUACGUCAAUACUCACUGCUGAGGGGGAAUUCUGAAUCUUUAAAAAAAAAAACCCCAAAAAACCCCACACAGUCAAAGUAAACGUACUUUGGUAAUUUGUUUUUCGUAGUAUCACCUUUUACUAAGCUAUUAUAUUUUUGGAUCACUGUAAAUAUAUGUGACCGGUUUUUUUUCUUCUGCUUGGAACCUUUGCUGCUUUUUUGUAGCCAGUGUCAUGUGCCUUAUAUAUGAAGCUACUCUGUCAUCCGUUUAACACGUCAGAAGCACGUUCAGGGGGCUAGCGAUUGCGGUCGCUAGCUAAACUGGUUCUUUGCGCCAAACGUUAAAUGAACGUGAUGUGAUAAAAGACGAUGGUACCAGUCAAAUGGUUCGCGAGUGCUCGGCCCUCCUGAACUCGCCCCAGCUAUUAACGUGAUACCACUGUAGUCCCAAGUGUGUGAAUUAGACCACAUUGUGUGUGGUUUACAAUAGUCUGGGUCUUAGUUUAAGGUAAACAAUCAUGUAUUGAUCCUUCCUAGAUAUAAAGUUAUUAGAUGAACAUCAAUUUAGGUCUAAAAACAUUAAUUAAGUUAUUAGAUGAACAACAAUUUAGGUCUAAAAACAUUAAUUAAGAUGAAAAGCUGUUUUUAAUUUUAAAGUUUCUCCUGAAGAAAUAAAUUAUCGGAUUUACUUCACAUUAUGCAGUUGGUAAUCAUAGACAAAAAUAUAAUGUUCAGUGUAUGUUGGAUAACAUAAAUAUGUCGAAUAGACCCAGAUCUAAACCACCUUAUUUUCCUUAUUUUAUUAUAGCCAAAACGACUUAUUUUCCUAUUUUAUUAUAGCCAAAACGACUUAUUUUCCAUACUUUAUUUGCAUGUAAUUAAAUAUUUAUUUGUUUCCCUUUCAAAAAGCUGUUUUCAAAUAGUUAAUUACUCUUUAGUUUCACUGAAAUCGGAAGGCUGAAUACAUUAUUGAUCACAGAUUUGGUGGAAGGGUCACCCGACUGUUGGUGUUGUACGGAAAUUGAUGAUUCCACAAUGCCGUCCUUCACUCCGUUGUGACCCUGUCCGCGUAUUUGUUCUAAUUUCCUUCUGUGUUGUAAACAAUGUAAUAAACAAAAUGUCAGUAUUAA